GGGGAAGGAGCGCUACUGGCAGCUUCUGGCAACGGCCACCUGAGUGUCGUGGAGCUGCUCUUGCUCAAUGGGGCAGCUACCAACCUAGCGCGCAAUGACGGGUGGACCCCGCUGAUGGCUGCUGUGCAAAAUGGACAUGAAGAUGUGGUAAAGCUGCUGCUAAAAAGUGGAGUACAGGUCAAUCAGCAGCGUCCCAACGGAAACACAGCAUUGUUCUCGGCGUGCCAACACGAACGCAUCGGCAUUGCUCGAGCUCUGAUUGAAGCUGGCGCAUCUAUUGACAUACAGCUCACUAGUGGAAACAGUGCGUUAGUGGAGGCUGCUAUGGGCGGAAGCAUUGGCAUUGUGGAGCUGCUUGUGGGUAACCAAGCGUCCGUCAACUUGGCGAACCGCUUCGGCGGCACCGCGCUCAUGGCAGCUUCGCAGAAUGGGCACACGGACGUGGUGCAUGUGCUGCUGCGAAACGGAGCACGAAUUGAUCAGCGCGGUCCGAACGAAAUCACUGCUCUACGUUAUGCGUGCGAAUAUGGACACCCUGAAACUGCACAAGUUCUG